AUAUAAUUGAAGUUGUUUUAAGUUUAAAAUAAUAUACUAUAUUUUAUGUAAGUGUCAUAAUAACCAAAAAAGGAAAAACUUGUAACAGAUACACAAAAUAUUGGGAGAAAGGAAUCAAAUCAUACCAUGACAAAAGUCUUUAAAUUGCAUAGGAAUAUAGCAAGAGAGGAAGACAAGAAGAAUAGAUCUACAAAUAGUCAGAAAACAAUGAAUAAAAUAGCUAUUUUGUUAUAGUUUACCUGUCAGUAAUCGCUUUAAAUGUAAAUGGAAUGGCUUGAAUUCUUUAAUCAAAAGACGUGGAGUAACUGGAUGUAUAAAAAAACAAAACAAAACCAAGGUCCGGUGGUUUGCUACCCACAAGAGACUCACUUUUAAGGACACACACAGGCUGAAAGAUGAAGGAAUGGAAAAAGAUAUUCCAGGCAAACAGUAACCAAAAGAAAGCAGUAUUUACAUCAGGCAAAAUACAGUUUCAAUCAAAAAUGAUCAUAAGAGACAACGAAGGUCAUUAUAUUAUGAGAAAGGGGUCAAGUCAUCAAGAAGUUAUAAAUUAUAAAUAUUUAUGCACCCAGUAUUAGAGCAUCUAAAUGUAUAAAGUAAGAACAGAGCUGAAAGGAAAAAUAAAUAGCAGUACAAUAACAGGAAGGGACUUUAACAUCCCACUGUCAACAAUAGAUAGAUCAUGCAGACAGAAAAUCAAUAAGGAAAGAGCAGAUUUUAACAACACUAUAGACCCAGUGGAUCUAACAGACAUACACAGAACAUUCCUGUCUAACAGCAGCAUAAUACACAUUUUUCCCAAGGGCACAUGGAACGAUUUUCCAGGACAGAUCAUAUGUUAGGCUAUGAAAUAAGUUGUAACAAAUUCAAGAAGUCUGAAAUCAUUUCAAGUAUCUUUUUUAAUCACAAUGAUAUGAAACUAAAAAUGGAUAAUAGGAAGAAAAUUGGAAAAUUCCCAAAUGCAUGUAAAGUAAACAACACAUUCCUGAACAGCAAAUGGAUCAAAGAAGAAAUCAAAAAGGGAAAUAAAAAAAAAAAUCUUGAGAUUUUUCUUUAUAUUUUACCAUACACCACCACUUAGGAGAUACAGCACAAGCAGUUCUGAGAGAGUAGUUUAUAGUGAGACAUGUCUACAUUAAGACAAGAAAAAUUUCAGAUAAACAACCUAGCUUUACAUUUCAAGGAACUAGAAAAAGAAAAACAAACUAGGCACAACAUCAGCAGCAGGAAAGACAUAAUAAAGAUUAGAGAGGAAAUGAGUAAAGACUAGAAAAACAAUAGAAAAGAUCAAUGAAACCAAGAGUUGGUUCUUUGAAAAGAUGAACAAAUAUUGGCAAAUCUUUAACCAAGUGGGGGAUGGGUGGAGAGAGAAGACUCAAAUAAAUGAGACUAUAAAUGAAAGAGGAGACAUUACAACUGACACCAUGGAAUUACAAAGGAUCAUGAGGGACUACUAUGAACAAUUAUACGCCAAUAUAUUUGUUAGCCUAGAAUAAAUGAAUUCUUAGGAAUAUACAACUUUCUGAGACUGAAAAAUGUAGAAAGAGAACAUCUGAACAGAUCAAUAAUGAGUAAGGAGAUUGAAUCAGUCACCGAAAACCUCCCAACAAAGAAAAGCCUGGGAGCAAAUGGCUUCAUGGGUGAAUUCUACCAAACAUGUAGAGAAUUAAUGCCAGUCCUUCUCAAACUUUUCCAAAAAAUUGAAGAGGAAGGAUUACUUUCAAACUCAUUUUACGAGGCCAGCAUAACACUGACAGCAAAACCAGAUAAGGACACUACAAGAAAAGAAAUUUACAGGCUAAUAACUCUGAUGAACAUAGAUUGCUUCAAUAUUCUGUCUUUUCUUUGGCUUUCAACAGUUUGAUUGUGAUGUGUCUAGGUGUGGAUCUUUUAAAGUUUUUCCGACCUGGAGUUCUUUGAGCUUCUUGGAUGUGCAUAUUAAUGCUUUUCAUUGAAUUUGCAACGUUUUCCACCAUUAUUUAUUCAGAUCAUCUUCUGUCCCUUUUUAUCACUCCUAUUUUUCUGGGACUUCUAUUAGGAAUAUUUUGCUGUGCUUGAUGAUGUUUCAUAGGUCUCUGACAGUUUCUUCAUUUUUUUUUUCAUUCUUUUUUCUUUCUGUACCUUAGACCAAUCUCAGUUAGUCUUCCAGCUGAUGCCGGUUUGACAGUACUGCUGCUCUGAGUUCAGCAGGGCUGACCUUUCCAGACCAAGCUGUGUCUGUUUCUGAAAGCUUGAUGUCAUGUGCUGGGAGGUAAAGAUUUGCUCAUUAGAGCAUGUGGCAGAAGACAACCUGCUUCAUAUUCCUCAGUGGAAUCCACCAAGUCGAUGUCUUGUUUCAUCAUCUGCGUUGGGUAUUGAAUCAUGGGGAGGAAGCUGGACCUGUCUGGUUUGACUGAUGAUGAAACAGAGCAUGUUCUCCAGGUGGUGCAGAGAGACUUCAAUCUUCGCAAAAAAGAAGAAGAACGACUAAGCGAGCUGAAGCAGAAGUUGGAUGAGGAAGGCAGCAAGUGCAGCAUCCUCUCGAAGCACCAGCAGUUCGUGGAGCACUGCUGCAUGCGCUGCUGCUCGCCCUUCACCUUCCUUGUCAACACCAAGCGCCAGUGUGGGGACUGCAAGUUCAACGUCUGCAAGAGCUGCUGCUCCUACCAGAAGCAUGAGAAGGCCUGGGUCUGCUGUGUCUGCCAGCAAGCGAGGCUUCUGAGGACCCAGUCUCUGGAAUGGUUCUACAAUAAUGUGAAGAGCCGCUUCAAGCGCUUUGGCAGUGCCAAGGUCCUUAAGAACCUGUACAGGAAACACCGGCUGGAGAGUGGGGCAUGCUUCGACAUUCUAGGAGGAAGCUUUUUUGAGUCAAACCUGGAGAAUGAAGGAAGCAUUUCUGGCAGUGAUUCAACAUUUUACAGACAAUCAGAAGGACAUAGUGUGAUGGACACCUUGGCUGUGGCCCUGCGGGUGGCUGAAGAGGCCAUCGAGGAAGCAAUUUCCAAAGCAGAAGCCUAUGGGGACAGCCUGGACAAGCAGAACGAGGCCAGUUACCUGCGGGACCACAAGGAGGAGCUAACUGAGGAGCUGGCCACAGCCAUCUUGCAGAAGAUCAUAAGAAAACAGAAGAGCAAAAGCGAGCAGCAAGUGGAAGAAGAGCCGGAGUGGCCACAGCCCCAGAGCUGCAGCGCCAAGGCCCCAGAUGAAGGGACCACAGUGGGCCUGGGAGGCCGCCGAGCUUCCGCCACCCUCUGGCGGUCCCAGUCUGCGUUCUCGAUCACCGGAGAAGAUGCCCUGAAGACCUCUUCGCUGGGGGCGGCGUCAAGGCCACCGAGGGACCAGGGCCAGCACCCGAGGGAGGAGCCUGCUCUGCCCGGCUGGAAGAGCGUGGACAGACUGGACGAAACAAACCUGGCCCCAGUCUUGCAGAGCCCCGAUGGGAACUGGGUGGCCCUGAAGGAUGGCGCUCCGCCCCCCACCCGCCUGCUGGCCAAACCCAAGAGUGGGACGUUCCAGGCCCUGGAGGUGGCCUCCAGUGUGGCGUCUGCCUAUGACGAGAUGGGCUCCGACAGCGAGGAAGACUUCGACUGGAGUGAGGCCUUGAGCAAGCUGCGCCCGAAGUCCCGGGGCCUGCCCAGGAACCCGCAGCCUCAGCCCACGCAGGCCCAGGGCUGUGACCAAGGCCCCUUAGCCGCGUCCCCCUCCUCUGGGCUCUCCCCCAAUCCCGAGGCCAUGUGCUCUGACUCAGAGACCUCCUCGGCAGGCUCUUCCCGGGAGGCUGGGCGCAGGGCCAGACUGUCCUGGUUGCAGAGGAAGGCCCCCAGGACCCCUGCAGCUGAGAAGAUGCGCAUACAGGGGGAGCUGGACGUGAACUUCAACCCCCAGGUGGCCAGCGGGGAGACCUCAGACAGCAGCGAGCCAGAGGAGGCCCUCCACGCUGCAGACCGCCGGGCCAGGAGGUGGAGGAGGGCCCGAGUGGGCUCGGAGGAGCCAAGCAAGGAGCCACCUUCCCCCAGCGCCCAUCAGGACCAGGACAUACAUCAGGUGCUGGUUGAUUUGCUGGAGGCUGACAUCAGCAGUGGGGCUCGGCACCCCCGGACUCCCACAGACACCGCGGAGGAGAAACUGAGAAACAGGUUGUAUGAGUUAGCGAUGAAAAUGAGUGAAAAGGAGACUUCUUCAGGGGAGGAUCAGGAGUCCGAACCCAAGACGGAAUCUGAGAACCAGAAGGAAAGUCUGUCCUCUGAGGACAACAGCCAGAGCGUCCAGGAAGAGCUGAAGAAGGAAAAAAGAGAAGCUUUAGCUGUCCACUUAGAGCUACAGCUCUUAUCCACAGUGCUUGAACAGAAGUAUUCUGCUGUUUCUCUCUGCAACAUCUCCACAGAAGUCCUGAAAGUUAUCAACGCCACAGAGGAGCUGAUAGCAGAGUCUACGGGGCCCUGGGAGUCCCCACCAGCCCCUCCUGACAGAGAGAAGGGGACAUUUCCUCUUGGGACAGACCAAGUGAGACUGGACGAGCAGCUGACUUCCCUGGAAGAAAACGUGUACCUGGCAGCAGGCACCGUGUACGGCCUGGAGAGCCAGCUGACUGAGCUGGAAGAUGCUGCCCGCUGCAUCCACAGUGGCACCGAUGAGACCCAACUGGCAGAUCUGGAGGACCAGGUGGCCACGGCUGCAGCCCAGGUCCACCAUGCUGAGCUCCAGAUUUCUGAUAUCGAGAGCCGGAUUUCAGCCCUGACCAUCGCAGGAUUAAACAUAGCACCGUGUGGGCGCCUCACAAAAAAACGGGCUGAGAAGCAAAGGAACCAGGUACAAACCAUAGACACAUCAAGGCAGCAGAGGAGGAAAUUGCCUGCUCCGCCAGUGACAGCUGAAAAAAUUGAGACAUCUUCAGUGACCACCAUUAAAACAUUUAACCGCAACUUCAUUCUCCAAGGCUCCUCAACGAACAGGACUAAAGAAAGGAAAAGCACCACUAAGGAUUUGAUGGAGCCCACGCUGGAGUCAGCUGUGAUGUAUUAACGCCAUGGAACUCCACUGCCAGUGACCCACUGCCUCGGCCGUACACGACAGUGCCUUGACCCAACAGCCAUCGAUUACUGUACGGAUUCCCACCUGAGGAGAAGGCCUGGGGAGCCGCAGGGCACCGUCACAGGGCUGUCCUGAUACCUCACCCAGAAAGCCGUCUCAGACUUGAGCAUCGCGGUCUUGCCCACUCUCUGCCUUAGGCUCCCAGGGGAAUCCAAGACAGAAAAACCAAGACGCUGGCUUCCAACAACAGAGCUCCACAUUCAAAAGAUGCAUCUUUUCCCUGUUCGCUUUGCUACUGUGUGUUGACUUUAAGAUCUUUGUUUUUGUUUUUUGUUUUAAUCCCUUUGAUUCGACUAGAAUUUCACGUCAAUAAUUUGUCCGAGGGAAAAUUGUUGGGAGGGGGUGGAGGGAAGGAAAGGGGGGGUUACUAUUGAAUUCAUCAUCAAUGCUUAUUAAUCUCUCGCAAGCAUCUUUGUCUUAUAAAUGCUAAGGGAAAAGCCAGCCCCUGCAGUCAGCACGAGGGACAGUCUAAUUUGGGGACUGCUCCCCAGCAAGGCUGCAGGUCUCCCUUCAGCCACCUGCUUCCUGCUAAGCCUUAGCUCACUGCGCUACCAAUUGUCCUUCCCAUUGCUUUGCAGUCACCAGCCACAGGAUGGAAAGCUCUGACUCUCCCAUGCCACACCCCCGUGUGAAACAAUGUCUCAUUAAGAAUGUAAGGUUCUUCCAUGGGCUCACUGAGUUUCCCCACUCUGAAGGGGAGAGGGGCUUGAAAAAGACCACCAUUGGUUCAACUUUAGGGCACUGUCCAGAAUCAACACGAUGCAGUUUAGCAAUGACCACAUCUAAAAAAUGAAUUAUUGAAAAAUAUAACCACACGAGAACACUUUUGUCCUCCAAAAUUUAUUCCCCAAUAUAAGUAUUCAUCAAAGUAGCAAAAUGACCUUAAAGAUAAAAAUGCUUAGGGAAUAGGCUUAGACAAUUUACAGGCAUGAGAAAAGCAAGGACAAGUUGUGAAUGUAAUGGACACGAGUUGAUACUAACUCCACGUUUGUGGUCUGUUUGGACCUGUCUCAAAUGCAUGACUAUUCAGAAUGUGCUUAUAAAAGCAAAGGGAACUUGAAUUUUGCUCAGUUGGGCAUUAGCAAUCUUUUUAAAAACUGUUUUCUCCUGAUAUAUUCUGAAUCUGAAGAAGAAGAUGAAAGAUGGGGGGCAAGAGAGUAGUGUGAUUAAUGAGCGUUAAGUGCCUGAUCCGAAGGAGGCCAUGUUCUUCUCAUUUUAGUCCUUACAGCAACCGUAUGCAGUUGUUAUUCCCAUGUCUCAGAUUGGAUAACUAAGGGCCAGAGAGAUUAAUUUGCCAAAGCCACACCUUUAACCUAGUUAUAAUUGGAAUGCCUCACAAAAGCCUAAUUCUGUGUUGUUUUCAACCUCCGUGUUCUUUCGCUGCUAUGUGAUUUGCUGCCAAUUUGUGUGCUAUGAGCCACUCCUGAUGGGGGUCUACAUUUCUUCCAAUAAUACACCUUGCUGAUGCCAUGUAUGUGUUAUCUAACAGAAACAACUCCUCUGAAAUAAGCAAAUCUUUGACUUUCCUGUUGGGGUGAUUCAAAGCAAAACAAGCAACAAAUUUUUAAAAACACAACAACAACAACAAAAAAAAGAUCUGACUUCCAAAUAGAAUGUUUUCUUUAAGAGGCAUGAACAGCAACUAUUGUUGUGUUACAGUGUUAAAAUACUCAGUUUCCUUUGACAAAAACGUGUACUGUGUAAGCCUUGCAAAAACAAAAACGAAAAGAAGAAGAAGCCUGCUCUGUGGCAUUCGAAUUUUUAUAAAGGUUUCCUUGUGCCAAAUAAGUGCAAAGAUUUAAUUUACUAUUAAAAACCAUAAGCAUAUGUUAUAGUUCCAGAAGACUUAUUUUGUCAUCAAGUGAUUUUGAUCUUUAGUGUCAAUAUUUAUAUUUAGAUUAAUUUUUAUAAAUGAAAAUAUUUUAACGGUUUGAGAAAAUGAGGACAACAGGACAGUAUCUUUGAUGACUUCUGAAAGUUCUGCUUCCCUUCAUAUUAUAUGCACAUUGCCAAGAAUUACUGUCAAGAGAAAUGAUAAAGAAGUAAAAGUCAUUUAUGAAAAUAAA